CAGCGGGCGCGUUCCUCUGGGCGGGCGGUUUGGGGGCUUACUCGGACCAGCCGAGGGCGCGGGGCUCCGGGGUUCGGGGCUCGCCCCCCGCUCCGGGCAGGCGCGCCUAUGGCGUUUGUAAGGUGACGCUGCGCUCACCGACUUUCUCCGGGGGCGGAGGAAGCACCCAUGAACCCUUCGGCGACCUUCCUCGUCGGGCGCCAGAACAUCGGGUCAGAAGUUGAGAUUUCCACUAUCGAGAAACAACGGAAAGAGCUGCAGCUGCUUAUUGGAGAAUUAAAAGAUCGCGAUAAAGAGCUCAAUGAUAUGGUUGCAGUACAUCAGAGACAACUUCUUUCAUGGGAAGAGGAUCGACAGAAAGUAUUGACUUUGGAAGAACGUUGCAGCAAAUUAGAGGGUGAACUACAUAAAAGAACUGAAAUAAUCAGGUCACUCACAAAGAAGGUAAAAACCCUUGAAUCUAAUCAGAUUGAAUGCCAAACGGUUCUUCAGAAGACUCAGCUACAGCUUCAGGAAAUGGCUCAGAAGGCAACCCAUUCCUCUCUUCUCUCUGAAGACCUUGAGGCUAGAAAUGAAAAUCUCAGCAACACAUUAGUGGAACUUUCUGCCCAGGUAGGACAAUUACAAGCUCGAGAACAGGCUCUCACUACAAUGAUAAAGCUAAAGGACAAAGAUAUUAUCGAGGCCGUCAAUCACAUUGCAGACUGCUCAGGAAAAUUUAAACUCUUAGAGCAUGCCUUGCGUGACGCGAAGAUGGUGGAGACUUGUAUUGUGAAAGAAAAGCAAGAUUACAAGCAGAAAUUGAAGACACUUAAAAUUGAAGUCAAUAAACUGAAAGAGGAUCUAAAUGAAAAGACAACAGAAAAUAAUGAACAACGAGAAGAGAUCAUUCGUCUCAAGCAAGAGAAAAGUUGCCUGCAUGAUGAAUUGGUUUUUACUGCAGAGAGAGAAAAAAGGAAAGAUGAGUUACUUGAUAUUGCAAAGUCAAAGCAAGAACGUACAAAUGCAGAACUGCAUAAUCUGAGACAGAUUUAUGUAAAACAACAGAGUGAUCUGCAGUUUCUUAAUUUUAAUGUGGAAAAUUCUCAGGAAUUAAUACAGAUAUAUGACUCAAAGAUGGAGGAAUCAAAGGUUCUGGAGUCCAGAGACAUGUGUUUGUCAGACCUUGAGAAUCACCGCCCAAAAGUCGAUAUUAAGAGGGAGAAAAAUCAGAAGUCAUUGGUUAAAGAUCCAAAAUUUGAGACCACGUUGAUUCAGCAAAAUCGGUCAGACAGGAGCCCUUGUGAUCUGUGCAAAGAGAAGAAACGACAGGGUAAUACUUCAUUUGGGGAAAAAGGUGUAAUUGCUAUCUCAUCUCUGUUUACAAAAGACGUACUGGAGAAGCAAAAGUCUUGGUCUCUGGGAGGAAAAAUGCAGAUCGAAUCAGAAAACAAAAGUACAUUGUGCAAGAUCCAUGCAAAGUCACCAAAAGGUAAUGGGAUCGGGAUUCAGAAUGAAGAGAAACAACUCUCUGAAACAUCCACCUCAUUAUCUGAUGAGAAACAGUGGCAUGAUGUCAAUGUGUACCUGGGCCUGGCCAGCUGUUCUGGUUCCAGACAACCAGAAAAGCUGGAUGUUGAAAGUCAGGAUGACAUAGAAAGGUCUGGAGUCUCCUGUUGCCAUAAAAAUGAAACCUGUCUUGGGGAGAGUGACAUGUAUGAAUCCAAGUGCUGCCACCCGAGUAACUUCAUCAUUGAAGCACCAGGCCACAUGUCUGACAUGGAGUGGAUGAGCAUUUUCAAGCCUUCUAAAGUGCAAAGAAUUGUUCGCCAUAAAUCUGUGUGUACUUGUUCAGAAAGUGCCGGUGGAAGGAAAUACAACUCCGCCACGAGUGAGCUAAUUGCCAUCCAGCAUUCCCACUGUUUGGGUUCUUCAAAAUCUGCCACAAGAGAGGAUGAGAAAUUAAUAGAGACAGAGCCCUCUUCUGAUACAAAGAACUCACCUAAGAUUUUGUUAUUCAACAAAGAGGCACCAUUAUCCACUGACAAGGAUGACUUUUCGCCCACAAGCAAGCUUCAGCGUUUGCUGGCAGAGUCUCGCCAGAUGGUUACAGACCUGGAGCUGAGUACUCUGCUCCCCAUCAGCUCUGAGAAUCUCAGCAGCAAUGCCAGAAACAACUUAGAAGUCUCAGAAGAGUCAGCUCAGAAAACUGCCUUUCUUAGUAAUUGAAGAAAACAAAAGUCAGCUUCACUGUUCAUUGUGGUCAUAGAAGCUGAUUUCUCAUCUUUGGAAGGCAGGAGGCAGACAUCAAUACCUAAUACUUCACCUUGAAAACAAAAAGGGGAUUGUAAUCCUUUGUAAGCAACAUUUAAUACCAAAGGGAAGCAGAAACUGAAAGUUAAUUUUUCAACAUCUAUAUUUUGUUUGUUUUCAAGCUGACCAUUUUCAUGUUGAAGAAAUUUUUUUUUAAUGUGUAAGAAAUUAGACCUUACUGUGUAUUAUCUAUAUACAAACUCGGAAUUAUGCUCAGAGAGAAAAGGACUUCUCUGUAAAGAUGCAGACUACAGUUAAAUACUAGAGAAGCUCUUUAAAAGUGUGGACAUCCAAUAGAGAAUCCCUGCAUGUAAAAUGCUGUUUUUAACUAUCUGAUUGUUUAAAAACCUGUGCAUACAUUUAAAUUAUAACCAACAGCUUCUCAAGAGUCAGCUGCAGAUACAGGAGAAGUAGUAGUCUCUUCUUUGUGGCUUUAGCCCUGAACUUUGCUGUGUAAAAUAGACAUAAAAUGAUAUGAUACAAAAUAUUUUUAACCGGAAAGUAUCUCCUCAGUUAACUGACAAUUGAGGUCCUUCUGUCCCAAAGCUGAACAGAGCCCCAUCUCAUCUGGGUCUGUAGUAAGUCCCAUCUACUUACACAAACAAAAGCUUGCUGGAAGAUCAAGUUUUAUAUGCAUUUUUUUAAUCAUUAAAAACCAGAACACUUCCCUUUUAACUUGUAAUUUAAUUUUUUAAAGAACAUACUAUGUGCAUUUCUGUCCCUUCUAAGAGAAUUGAUCAGCUUCAUUCAAUAAAAAAUAUUUUUAA